UUCCAACAGAAAGCAACAUCCGAGCGAGAGCGACAUGGAAGUUGCCAUCGUGAACAUGGUUGGGAGCGGGCGUCUUGGGAACAAGAUUGUCCUGCAAGACGUCGUGAAUAAGACCAACAAACGUGCUGAAAUGAGGAAAAACUGUGUGUUGCUCAAGUUGACCCACCCCAAGUCGUCUGCGAUGCUAUUUCCGUCUGGCAAAGUGGUGUGCACGGGCCAGUCCACCGAAGAAGGGCUCAAGGCAGCGGCCCAAAAGGUCGCCCAGCUGCUCAAGCACAUUGAUUUCCACGUGUCGUUGAGCGAUUUUCAAUUGGAAAACGUUAUCGGCCGCGCGGACGCUGGUUUCCGCAUCCUCGUCGAGGAACUGGCCUUGCGAUACCCCGACGUCACCACGUACGAGCCCGAACUGUACCCGGCCCUGGUGUUUCGAAUGGCCAAGCCCAAGGUCCACAUCCUCAUCUUCGCCAGUGGCAAAGUCGUGUUCACCGGCUCCAAAGAGACCCGACACUUGCGCGACGCCUGCGCCAACAUUUCCAUCAUCUUGAACGAAUUUCGCGACAUGAAAGCUCAAGUGGAAACAUAACCUGAAUAUAUGCAAUUGCUUUACAUC